GGCACCAGCAUGCAUGAUGCGUACAUUGUGUAUCCGCCGGAGAAAAUCUCCGUGCAAAUAGAAUCGAUGACGGGGUUUGAUAACAAGCUCAUCCUCGGCACCAGACAGGGCCACCUGCUGAUGUAUUCGUUCGAGACGAACGCGGAAACGAACAAGCUCGAUCUGCAACUGCUGCAGUACGAUAAGAACUUUAGCAAAAAGCCUAUCACGCAGAUCGACGUGAUACCGGAGUACACGCUGCUGUUCAGCCUGACGGACGGAUUGCUGAAUGUGAACGAUUUCAGCCGGCACGGGUUUCCACUGAUCCAUUCCGCCCAACGUACGAAGGGUGCGAAUGUGUUUGCGUUGGACAUUAAGCGAUCGAAAUCGUUGACGAGCGAAAUCAAGAUCGUUUGUCGGGUGUGUGUGGCCGUCAAGCGAAAGCUGCAGUGUUACUACUGGAAGCAGCACGAGCUGCUUUCCAUGGACAGUGAGAUCGAUUUGAACGAUGUCCCGAAGACGGUGGCGUGGAACAACAACUUCAUCUGCGUCGGAUACAAGACGGAGUACGUGCUGUACGAUAUGUCCGCUUCACAGCCCCGUAAAGUGGACCUGUUUCCGACGAGCUCAUCCAAAACCAUUGAACCAUGCAUUACGCUUAUCGAGGACAGUGUGUUUGCGGUGGUAAAGGAUGAGUUUCUCAUCACAAUCUACACGGAAAAGUAUCGGGUCGAAGAUCGGGAUGGACCGAACAGUAUGUCGGGUUCGGUAAAGCCGGCCGAAGCACUCGCCUCGGUAAAGGCCGAUGCGGCCAAGCGAACGAUGAACCUCAAAUCGCUGAUCUGGAGCGAACCGUUCCAGUGUUUGGUGUGGGACGAACCGUACGCCGUGGGGCUGAUAAACGAUGCGAUCGAGGUGCGCGUGUUUGACAAUGUCCAGGAGAAGGGCACACUGAUACAAACCAUUCCACAGCUGCAAAAGGCACGGUUUCUGGUGCGUGGCAAGCAGGGCCUUUUGUAUGCAGCUUCCGUCUCCCAUUUGUGGUGCAUUCAGGCGGUAGAAAUUUCCAAACAGAGGGAACAUCUGCUGCAGGAAGAAAACUUUCAGCUAGCGUUAAAAUUAACGCACAUUUCCGACGAAAGUCCCGAAUUUAAGGCAACCAAAAUCAACGAAAUCCAAACCCGCCACGCGUACAAUCUGUUCGUGAACAAACACUUCCGCGAAUCGAUGCAAGAGUUUGCCCAGCUCGAUACCGAUCCGAUCGAUGUGAUACGCCUGUUUCCGGAUCUGCUGCCGGACAGUGGCAAAAACAAGCUGAGCCACUAUUCCGACAAACCGGCCCCGGUGCUGGACGAGAAGGAGCUGGAAAAUGCGAUCCUUGCGCUGAUCGACUAUCUGGCCGAUAAGCGAUUCCCGCUGCGGAAGCUUGGCACAAAGACGGGUGCCGAGGGUCCGGUGGAUAAAAAUAUGUCCGCACUGCUCGCUAUCAUCGAUACGACGCUGCUCAAGUGUUAUCUACUCACGAACGAUUCUUUGAUUGCUCCCGUGCUGCGGAUGAACCACUGCUAUCUGGAAGAAUCGGAACGGGUGUUGAAGAAGCACGAAAAGUACGUCGAACUGAUCAUUCUGUAUCAAACCAAGGGACAGCAUAAGCGUGCCCUGCAACUGCUUCACACCCAGGCAGAAGUUCCCGGCUCGCCACUGUACGGGCACGAUCGUACCGUACAAUAUCUGCAGCAGCUUGGGUCCGACUGCAAGCAGCUGAUCUUUGAAUUUGCCGGCUGGGUGUUGCAAAAGCAUCCGGACGAUGGGUUGAAGGUGUUUACGGAAGAAAUGCCGGAAGUGAGAAAUCUGCCGCGGGCGGAAGUGCUCGACUAUUUGCUGAAGGACCACCGGACACUGGUCGUGCGCUAUCUGGAGCACAUCGUGAACGUUUGGAACGAGGAGAAAGCUCUCUUUCAUAACAUUCUCAUCCAGCAGUAUCGUGAGAAGCUGCUUACGCUAAAGAAUGAUAAGGAGAUCGAGAGUGACACCCAAAAGAAGGAAGCACUCGAGGAAGUUCGUGGGAAAUUGUUGACUUUUUUGAAAAAGUCUAAAUACUACCACGCGGAGAAAGUGCUGGGCGAAUUCCCGUACACGGACAUGUUUGAGGAGCGGGCAAUUAUUCUAGGUCGCUUGGGCAAACACGAGAAAGCGUUGGCAAUUUUCGUACAAAUUCUUGGCGACUUCGAGAAGGGACUGGCGUACUGUGACGACGUGUACGACGUGAACGAUCCACAAAACUGUGACGUGUACGUGACGCUGAUGAAAAUAAUUCUCACACCUCCGACCGCACCACCGUACAGCGACGUUCCACUGCAUCCACGCUGUCUCGUGCCCGAUCACGAGAUGGUGGUCAGCAUACUCGAGAAGCAUGCGGAGAAAAUUAAUCCCUACACCGCACUCCAAAUCCUACCGGACACGAUCCCACUCGUGCGCAUUAAACACUUUCUGGAGAAUUCACUCAAAUACUACCUCGAGAAGAAGCAACGGGCCCAGGUACUGAAGGGUUUGUACUAUGCGGAACAUUUGCAAAUCAUGGAGCAGAAGAUGUUGUGCGAGUCGAAGCAUUUCCUCGUGACGGAUUUGAGCGUGUGUGCGGUUUGUAAGAAAAAGUUUAGCAAUCAAAGUGCGUUCGUCCGUUUGCCGGAUGGUGUGAUAGUGCACUUUUCCUGCCAGGAUCGGAUGUUUAGUUAA